CUACAACGUAUGUUUUCUUUUGCUGAUGAUCAUAGGCUCCAGUCCGGUAAAGAAGUGGGGACAUCUCAAACAAGAAGGCAAACGCAUCAUGAUCUCACCAGACAACCACGCUCCAACAAUUCGAACCCCUCAACAACUAAAAUAAAUAUGGCAGGAGAAAGUCUCCCUUUGGGCUGGAACGACAUAUUCCUGUGCUAUCCCGUCUUCGAGAACAUUUGUGCUCAUCUAGGCCCUCAAGAUAUCUUCUUCCUCCGCCAGACAACCAGACAGCUCUCUCCCAUUUUCGAAACUCUCUUCAAGACCCAAUGGAAUAUCAAUCGUCAGCUCUCCCAUUUUCUCAAGGACCCUAUUGGAUUUCGGUCGCAGAUGGCCAAGUAUGAUGCCAUCAUCUCGGGAGAUUUUGCGUUGCAGUUUUUAGAAAGAGCAUUCUGGAAAGAUUCGGACCUGGAUAUUUAUUUGGAUGGGUCAGAUGCCCAUAGAGAUCCGGAGCAGCUGGGGGAAUAUUUAGUAGAUCGUGAAGAAUACAGACUAUUUUCGACAAGGACGGAAGCAAAUAAUGGCUUGAAACCAUAUACAAAUCGUCUCAAGCAUAUUUCACAGGUAUUUGCCCACUGCUUAACACCAACUCUCAUGCUUACAGAAGCCAGGUUAAGACUUACGCCAAGAAACUCUCGGCCAAGAAACUCUCGACCAAGAAAAAUCAUGACACACCAAAUAUUCGGAUGGUUUUUAGUGUCAACACCCCUUUGCACGCAAUUGUCGGUGGUUUUCAUCAUACACUUGUUAUGAAUAUUAUCUCCUGGGACUUCGCCUACUCUCUUCACCCCUACCUGAAUUUUGUCAAUCGGAAGUCUUAUCAAAUCAAUGGGUGUGAUUUUGCCCAUUACGAACAAGAUCCGUGCAACGAAACCAAUGAGGAUCCAGUUGUAAGAUACGAACGCCGAGGAUGGAAAUGGAAGCAAGAGGCCGGUAUCAACGAAAAUGUCGACUCCUUACGUGUUGGCCGAAGGAUCGGUGAUUCUCAAACGUGGACCCUCCCACUUGACAUAACUGGCGUUGAGAAUGGUCAGUCUCUUUUGCGAUACUCAUUUUUCAAACAGGAGCAGCUUGUGCCAGAGAUGGGAGUCUAUAGAGCGCAUCAUAUCACCCAUGUCCAAAUUGUAAGGAGCUGUGUUCUGCGUAAUACAUACACCACCUCGAUCAAGUACUUUGAUCCCUUCGCAUUCUGGGCUUCAAUAGAGCAGAAAUUGGAUGAUUUGACCCAUGCCGAGCUCUUGAAAUAUCCAAAGAAUAGACGACCUGUUCCUCUACGGUUGGAGGGUGACACCCAAAAGUACCACACUCAUGCCUAUGAGAUGGCUGGUCGAGAGCCUGAAGGAUGGAUAUUUUAUGAUGAUCAUAUUCCUGAAUGGUACGAACAGUACGUUCAGGAUGAGGACCGCAGGCUAGGCGCGCAUCAGGGGUCAAGCUGAAGGAGGUGGGCUGAAAAAUACAAACCGAGUGGACAGCACUAUGCGAAAGAGAAUGAAGCAAUGAAAACGAUGUACAUUCGAUUUACAUCGCGCAGCGGUCAGCUACGUCUCUCUAAGAAGGAGAGGUUAAUUUCUCGGGCAAGGAACUUUUGGGAAUCCAAAUCAUUCGACAAGAAAGGCUUUGCUAAGAGUAUCUCGGUAUGAUAUCACGAGUUCAAUUCUGUCUUAUUCUAAUUUUUCACAUUUUAUGUACUGUAUUACAUUUUUGGCUAAUUGGUACUUUAUUGUCUUUCAGGGUCCUGAUGCUGUCUUAAUGGUAGCUUUUGUGAAUUUGUAAGCCUAGCUAAAGCCUGAAGCAGCAACCUGUCUAUUCUACCGAAUCAAAUGCUAUAUUGAAGCACGGCGCAUCUGUGAUACAUCAUGGGAAAUGCAAACUUUUCCACUUUCUCGGCAGGUUCCUCUCCAUUCAAGAUUUCCAACAGACUCUUGGAGCAAUGAACAACGUGGUGAUAAGCGUUACUUGUAUCAGCCAACGGAGGAUCGUGUCUCAAAGCCAUAGCCAUUUUUCGCCAUACAUAGAUGCAGUGUAACUCAUGAGCAUUGUGAUGCGACGACCACACCUUGGUAUAAUUCCCAGCCCGUAAAGCAUCCAAAUCCUUUCCAACAAUUGGAUGAUGGAGUUCGAAAUCAGAGAACCACGGCCAGUUUGUGAAGAUGUCACCGGCUUCUUCUAUCAACUCAUCGUAAACACAGUCCGGUUCAAUCCAAGCACUCAUCAUGGGAUCGAAACGACACCCUUGCAAUUUCGCGUCAGUCGGAUUUCCGCCACAAGCUACCCCUUCAAUCGUGGGGACCUUUUGAGCUUUCCUUGACGAUACGACCAGUCCCGUCAAUGUGAAGAAUACAACCAGCAAUAAUACUGUCGACAAUAGUAUGACUAAAAUCAAACGAAUGUUGGAAAACCAAGGCCGAAGGUUGUCUCUGGUUCUUCGAAAAAUUGAGUGAGAUUCGCUCGUCUCUGACCCAUCCUCGCUUGAUGAAUAUACACUCUCGUAUCGAAGUCCGUGGAUUUUCCUCGUGAAGAAAGAUUUCUCCGUCAUGACGUGAUCUUGAGACAUGUCUUCCGGCCUUGACUGCGGUGAGAAGCAAUGAGCAAGUAAUGAUUGGGGUCUGAACAAGUUGAUGAUAAUUUUGACCUUGUUUUACGCUGAGGUACUAACAUGAGCUGACUUAUAGGUAAAGAGCGAAUUCACAGAAGGCCCCUUCAUUGAAUAUAUAAAAUAUAUCUAGCUGAUCCUGUCUUGAGGUGCAUCAUUGGUGGCAUACAUGACAAGAAUUGGAAAACAUGCCUACUCAUGUCAGCAAAGGAAGGCCGUCUCGAGAUGGCAAGCUGUGACGGGACUGCACGUCAAGAGAAGAACGGCGGGGUAGAGUUACAUUGGACCCCUGUGCUCGCCAAGGUUAAUACCUCCAAAUAAGCAUAUUCUUCAGUGCUUAUCUUUCAAUGUGGACUUUCAGAUGGCUAGGCUCAAU